GGCGCCGGGAGCGGCGGAGCGCGGCGGUGGCAGCGGCAGGAUGCGGGAGGCGCGGUUCAGGGACCACUUCUGGAGCACGGAUCUGACAAGCACCGUUGGCUACGACAGCAUCAUCCAGCACCUGAAUGAUGGCAGGAAGAACUGCAAGGAGUUUGAAGACUUUCUGAAGGAAAGGGCAAUUAUAGAAGAAAAAUAUGGCAAAGAGCUCAUCAACUUGUCAAAGAAGAAGCCCUGUGGGCAGACAGAGCUGAACACACUGAAGAGAUCCCUGGAUGUUUUCAAGCAACAGAUAGACAAUGUGGGACAGGGUCACAUCCAGCUGGCGCAAACCCUUCGGGAGGAAGCGAAGAAGAUGGAGGACUUCAGGGAAAAGCAAAAACUGCAUCGGAAGAAGAUAGAGUUGAUCAUGGAGGCGAUUCACAAAAACAGAAAUGUGCAGUACAAGAAGACCAUGGAGGCCAAGCGCCUGUAUGAGCAGCGGUGCCGGGACAAGGACGAGGCGGAACAGGCCGUGCACCGCAACGCAAACCUGGUGACGCAGAAGCAGCAGGAGAAGCUGUUCAUGAAGCUGGCUCAGACGAAAUCAGCUCUGGAGGACUCUGACAGAAGCUACCAGCAGAGUGUGACCACACUGGAGAAGGUCCGGGAGGAGUGGCAGAAGGAGCACAUCAAAGCUUGUGAGUUCUUUGAGACCCAGGAGUGUGAUCGGAUCAGCUAUGUCCGCAACGCCCUCUGGCUUCAUGUCAACCAGCUCUCCCUGGGCUGUGUCCAGAAUGAUGAGAAAUAUGAGGAAAUCCGCAAGAGUUUAGAGAUGUGCAGCAUUGAGAAGGACGUUGAUUUUUUUGUAAAUUUGCGCAAAACUGGAAGUUUGGCUCCAGCUCCUGUUGUUUAUGAAAACUACUACAAUACACAGAGAAAUGUGACUCCUGCGAGAAGUCCACUGCCUGUACCUAUAUCAAGGAGGGGACCUCUGCCCACCCCAACCAGUGCACCAGGGGAGCCUGAUUACGCCACAGUUGAUGGCUACAGCUUGGUACAUUUCUAGCAGUCACACAACUCCUUGGAUGGAUAUCCUAUCUUCAAACUCAGAGGAAGAAAAGGACCUGACACAGGGGCGAUUUGUCUUGGAAGAAACGUUUGAUUUGAAGUUCUUCUAAAGUGCAGCCAUCUGGGAGAGGCUGGAGUGUCCCACUCUCCAGAUGACUAGCUCAUAUGUGCUGAAGGGAGUGCUGCAUGAUGCUUUGGGCACGCUGGCUUGUGUUCAGGGCACCUGCAUCCCCCUCGGAUCUCAGGUUACUCUUUUGCCUGUCUCUUUCAUUAGUGGGGAUUUAACUUGCCAUUUAGGUUUAAGUUUUCUCUCAUGUCUUGGGGAUCUCACUUAGGGGAGCACCAACAGCUACACCGUGUGUCUGGCUUAUCUGUAGGUGUGCUCCAGGCGUAAGUGCCAAAUGAUUUGCAUCUUGCCUGGGGCAGCUGUUCACAGCAUGGCUGCCCAGUGAGGGGCUGUGCCACCAGAAACCUGCUGGGAGGUCCCACAUCCCACAGUGUUGUUGAGGAUCUGGAGGACGUUGUUCAGCUCUCCCAAAUGCCUCUCGGAUGAGGGGCCUGUGAGUUUUUAGGUUCAUGGUACAGCUUGUCCCUGGUAGGCUCUGGGGUCCAGGUUGGACAGGGCUCGGAGCACCCUAGUCCAGAGGAAAGUGUCCCUGCCCACGGCAGGGGUUUGGAACUAUAUGAUCUUCAAGGUCCUUCCCAACCCAAACCAUUCUAUAGUUCUAUGAUUCUGUGAUUUAAUUAGCUUUUGACAGUCUCUAAACUUUGGACUUGUUCUGACUGUGCACUGCUGGAAACAAACUUAGCUACUGCUGGAGCCAUGAAACUUCUUUUCCGACCAAACUUCCUGUCAUUUUUGUUACCAUAUAUAUAUAUAUAUAUAUAUAUCUUUAUGAUUAUGGCUUUGAUUCAGAAGCUCACGUGCUUUGGGGCUGCUGCUCUCUCUCUGAUGUCCCUGUGUGCAGUGCUGCUUGACCGCCCCUCAGUGCCCCACGACACUGGACACAGGGACACAGGACAUGGGGAUAAACACACACAAUUUACCUGUCUAAACCUGGUGCCAGGUGACUGACCUGGAGCAGCAGGGUUUGCUAUUUGUACGACGUUUUUCCAGAUGAAUCUGCGCGGCUUUCAUCAUGUGUCCCAGCCUGUCAG